GAUCUAAGUCUGCCUCGCGUUCCCGCAUAAUCGGUAUAAUUCCUCGUAAUACUCAAAGAAAAUGUUUAACGUGUGACUCAUCGAGCUGAAAUUAUCGGAAGGGAAAAGAAGCGUCGAGAUGGUGAGCGAGAAAGAAUUUUGGACGGAGAUUCGAAAAGAUAUAUCGCGAUACAAAAAGAGAAAACCACGGGUUGUUCCUGCCUUCACCAUUCAGGCUCUGCAGGAGAACACGAUCGUUGCAAAACCCCCGCGAUGCAGACCAUACAAACCUCGUCCACCUAAACCGUCGACCUUCCGAAAGUUCUACAAACGCGGCGUGUUGCCAAUCUCUCUGGAAAACGACGGCUACGAUCAAAAAAUCAAUUGGAAAGUAGACAUAGAGGACUUGGACUUUCAUCAUUAUCUACCGAUGUUCUUCGAUGGAUUAACGGAAACCGAGCAACCGUACAAGUUUCUAGCAGAACAAGGAAUAUCAGACAUGCUGGAACACGGUGGGCCUAAGAUCUUGCCAGUUAUUCCUCAACUGAUCAUUCCUAUUAAGAACGCUUUAAACACAAGAAUGCCCGAAAUAAUCUGCACUACCAUGAAAGCUCUCCAACGUUUAGUACGUUCGGCCGACUGUAUCGGUGAAGCUCUGGUCCCGUAUUUCCGGCAAAUCCUACCUAUCCCCAAUUUACUUAAAGACAAGAAUGUGAAUCUCGGAGAGGGUAUCGAUUAUUCUCAGCAAAGAGGAGAAAACGCGGCAGACCUUAUACAAGAAACGCUGGAGAUAUUGGAAAGAUACGGUGGCGAGGAUGCGUUUAUAAAUAUCAAAUAUAUGGUUCCCACUUACGAGUCUUGUAUGAUGAAUUAAUAGAUAGAAAAUCACGCCACACAAUUGGAAGUAACA